AUGUUCGAAGGGACCGACUUUAUUAUUUCUGACCAAUUCAUCGCUUGGCCUCUCUUCAUCUUCUUCCAUCCAGACCCCGAUAGUGAAAACAUCGCACCUCGUGUGAGUCUGUGCGCUGCCGUGCGCAAAGUGUGGGCUACUUAUCGGAUCCUGCUGCGCAAUAUAACGGAGCUAGCAGUUUACUCGCUGUCACGU